UAUCCGCGCUCAAAACUCGAGCAUCUGCCCGCACCCGUACUUGCUGGCGAAAUUCUUGGCAAGCAAAGAAACUGCUCUUUCAUGCUCUUCGGAUGAAGAAGCAUGAAAUGUUUCGGCAUGUGUGACUAAAGGACAGCCGGAAAACCUUUACGUUAAAAAAAAAUCAUCCUUAGUGUGGUGUUUUGCAGGUUGGUUUAUAGAGAUUGGAACUGAAUAUUUGAUGAGAUGAAUAACUUGAAUUCAAGCAGCGGAAAAGGUUGUGACUUAGUGGAGCUGUUCAGUGACACAAGCAGAAUCAUUACUACAACCGUUUAUGCGGUAACGAUCAUAUGUGGACUGGUUGGAAAUGGUCUUGGCCUUUUCUUAGCGUCAAGAAGGAAGGCUGGAAAUCGCGCAACAAAUCUGUUUAUAGCAAAUAUGGCGGUGGCAGACCUACUUGUUACCCUGUUUGCUAUGCCUUCUUCGGUCCUUUUCAUCAAUGUGGGCCAGGAAUGGAUCGGAGGCGUCAUUGGGCAAGUUACAUGCAAGUUCGUCCAUUUUGCUUAUCAAAUGUCAAUUCCUGCUUCCAUUUUCACUGUUUUAUUGGUCUCGUUUCAUCGUUAUUUUGUUAUCUGUCAUCCCAUGAAAGCAAACGUGUUUCGAAAUGGCAAGGUCAUGACAGCAGUUAUCUGGAUAUCUUGUGCAGUAUAUGCAAUUCCAUUUGUGAUGGCAUAUGACAUAGUCGAAUAUAACGAUGCCAGCUAUUGCCUUCGCAUAUUUUCCCCAUUUGAGUAUCAGAAGUCCGGACAGACCUACUAUUUGGUUACUUUCAUUUUACUUUACUUUGUCCCUUUGACAAUCCUUUUGGUCUUGUACAGCCUCAUUACACACAGACUCUGGCAACGAAAAAUUCCUGGUAAUGUCAACAAAGCCAGAAUUAGAUUAGUUCAGAGGGAAAAGAGAAGGAUUAUAAAAGCUUUGAUUCUGAUUGUCAUGGUUUUUGUAAUCUGUUGGAUUCCAGCUCAUGCUACGCACUACUUGGCUUAUUAUCGCACGGAUAUCUAUUGCAAUAUACCAGCCGAAGUUGUAGUAUUCUUCUUUUGGCUCUGCCAGGCUAACAGUAUUAUAAAUCCAUGUUUGUAUGUGAUGAUAAGCCCCAGCUACCGCAAAUUUGUAGUGAGAAAUUUCGGGCGUGUUUGUUCUUGCUGAAGCCAUGCCAAUUUUAACUCUUUUAGGAUCAACAAACGAGGAACGCGUUGCUCCGAUAAACCGAACUCCUUUUGGGGAAAAGUACCUUAACUUCCUCGAAUAGUUUCGCACACCAAACGGAAAUGGCAUUAAUGUUCGUAAAACAAGGCUCUGGGAAAGGAAAAGUGAAAUGUUACAGUGGCCGAGAAAACUGAAGUUAACAAUAAUUCGUGAUGAUCAGUGAUGUGUCGGCUUCGGUGUUUCACAACGCGAAAGAUAUUGCUUCGAUAGACGUAAUAAAACCGUUCUGAUUCUGUGAAAUGGUUUGUUGAGUAGGCUAGAUAUAACGACCUACCAGUCUCUGCAAUUUUAAGCUCAGAAUUGGAAAGUAAGAUAUUUCAGUGAGAUAUGAAUAGAAAAAACGUCGGCUCGAGAUAAUUGUUAUUGACCAGUAAGCCAGUAUCAUAUCUCCGUAUCGUAUCUGUUGUGGAUCGUGUUUUAAAAACAGACAAGCUUGGUGAUAGAAAUAAGUGCUUAUGUCCCUCGUAAAACGGGAAAAUAAAUAAAACUAUGUAGAUAAA